AUGUCCUAUUCCCCAGCCUUACUUCCCUCUCUUCUGGGAUCUCUCGGGGCGCGAGUCUGGAGUCAUGGUACCCCAACCACCUAUCUGUCCACUGAACUUUAUACAUAUCAGCAAUCCAUCACAUCUAUCGGGAAGCAUCAAAACCGGGAUACAGACGUACCCCGUUUACUUGAUAUUCCAGCAAUGAAAAUGACUAAGGUACCCCUCUACACAAUGUCGACCAGGUAUGGCGCAAUCGGUGCUAGAAUCGAUGGGUUACGGUACCUCGGGCUACCGUCUGAGACGAGUUUAACGGUAUAUCCACAACUUAUCGACAGCAUCGAAGGUUACCUGGAAAUUGACAAGCCAUUACCCGGGCUCUGGGGUCACGGGUACUUCCUGAUGACUGCCCUGGUUGAAUUAUGGUAA